CUGCCCUCCCAUUGGCCAGAGCGGGGGGCAGGAGACGGAGACCAUCUCGGGGGCGGAGACCAGCCCGGGGGCGGAUUCGGGCCCGGGGGCGGAGCCGUGCGUCUUGGGCCAAGGGAAGGCAGCGCGCGGGCUGCACGGCCGGUGUGCGGGCCGACGGUCAAGUUCAGGCUGCCAGCCCCGGGCCCGGCGGUGCCAUGGACGGCCUGUGCCAGCGCUUCGAGCGCUUUCUGGAACAGAGGAACUUGGCCACCGAAGCGCUAGGGGCGCUCGAAGCCAAGACCGGUGUCGACAAGCGGUACUUGGCCGCGGGAGCCGCCACUCUACUAAGCCUCUAUCUUCUGUUCGGCCACGGGGCGUCUCUGCUGUGCAACCUCAUCGGCUUUGCAUACCCAGCAUAUGCUUCAAUCAAAGCUAUCGAGAGCCCAAGCAAAGAGGACGACACUGUGUGGCUCACCUACUGGGUGGUGUACGGCCUGUUCGGGCUGGCCGAGUUCUUCAGCGAUCUACUCCUGUCCUGGUUCCCUUUCUACUACGCGGGCAAGUGCGCCUUCCUGUUGUUCUGCAUGGUUCCCGGCCCCUGGAACGGGGCUCACAUGCUGUAUCAUCGCGCCAUCCGUCCACUGUUUCUAAAGCAUCACAAGGCCGUAGACAGCAUCAUGAACGACCUCAGCGGACGGGCCCUGGAUGUGGCAGCCGGAAUAACUCGGGACGUCCUGCAGACCCUGGCCCGCAGCCGGGCUCUCAUCACCCCCGCAGCUGCGGCGGUGGGCCCCUCACCACCCUCGGAGCCGGUCUGCAAGACAAAGCAAGCAUGACUCACCUCAAGAAGGGCAAGUGAAGCCCCUGGCCAGCCCCUGCAUGGAUGAGCCGGCUGGCGAGCUGGAGGACCCGUCACACCCCAAGUCCUCUGUGGAUUCCUCAACUGACUCCCCAGCAGAGCCCACCACCAGCCCUUCAUCCCCAGCCAAGCCAGCCCUCAGGAGCUCCACCAACCUGGGCCAGUCCCAGCAUCAGUCCCUGGCCACCGGCUCUGCCAACAGCUCCCAGCUGCCCGGCAAGCUCCGGGGUGGGCUUCAGUCUCGGGCCAACUCCUCCAGCCAGCCGCAGGCUCCCGGCCAGCCCCAGGCCCCUGGCCAGGCCCAGGCCUCAGGCCAGACCCAGGCCCCGGGCCAGCAACGUGCCCGGCCCUCUACCUCUUCCUCAGGCCCUUCACAGACAGCCCGCCAGUCCUCAGGCUCCACACAGCGUCCCAGCACCUCCAGCCAGGGGGGCCCCCUUGUGCAGUCUCCCAGUAGUGCCGCCAUCCCCACACAGCCCCCCAGUGAGACCCCUGAUGGGCCGGGGACCUCAGCCACCAAAACCUCCAAGUCGAACAGACAGCACCAGAAGCAGCCCCCAAGAAAGGCCACCAGCAGCACCUCGGUGUCCAGGCUGCCCGCCUAUCAAUCUGCGUCCUCCCUGGAGUACUCCUCAGAGUCCACCACUGAGGUCACCUGCAGCUGGCCCCACCACCGACACAGGCUCCAAUACCUGCAGCACUGCUGGCGGCUGAAACACCUGGCCUGCUAGGGAGGGCUCAGUAAAAUUCAUCUGGACCA